AGGACAACAGAUUAACAAUGGAACCAUCAAAAGAAUAUCUAUUCAAAUACAAAGGGUUUUAUUUUGCUGUAAAAAAUACUUCACUUGAGUACGUAGCUUCCCUGGAGGAUUUUGAAAUCAAAGAUAGUGACAUAUUUCUAGCUACUUACCCAAAAUCAGGAACUGUGUGGACUCAGAACAUUUUGAGCUUAAUAAUUCAUGAAGGCCACCGUAAUGGAACAGAAAAUGUGGCGACCCUGGACAGAAUCCCAUGGCUGGAAUACAAGCCAGAAGAUAAGGAUUAUGCAGCUCUUCCUUUGCCUCGUAUUUUUGCCACCCACCUGCCUUACUACUUAGUUCCAAGAGACCUGAGAAACAAAAGAGCAUGUAUUAUUUAUGUCACCAGGAACCCUAAGGAUGUUAUGGUUUCUUACUACCACUUCUCCAAAUACAUCUCCACACUAGAGGAAGUACCAGAUUUUAAUGAUUUUAUGGAGAGAUUUUUAGCUGGCAAAGUACUUGCCAGUUCGUGGCUGGAUCACGUUGAAGGCUGGUACAGUCAUGCAGAGGAUUUCAAUAUACUCUUCCUUACCUAUGAAGAAAUGAAAAAGGAUCUCAGAAGUGCUGUGCUGAAGAUCUGCAACUUCCUAGGCAGGAAGCUGAGCAAAGAGGAAUUGGACAGUGUUGUGAGACAAGCUGCAUUUGAGAACAUGAGAAAAGAUCCCAGGGCAAACUAUGAGAACCUGCCAGAUGACAUCGUGGCAAAAGACAAGGGCAGUUUUCUACGAAAAGGCACUGUUGGAGACUGGAAAAACAUCAUGACAGUCGCACAGAGUGAAAGGUUUGACAAAGUUCUUAAAGAAAAAAUGAAGACCCUGCCCAUCAAAUUCAUCUGGGAUCUUAAUGAUGAAAUGUAG